AUGUGCUUAAGCUGGACUCAAGCAUGCACCACCAUACACCUGCUGUGGAGUGUGCUGUAUAUAAGCGUCGGCGCUGUUCAAAUAGUUGCAGGCAUAUUUUUCCUAUUCACAGUACCCGUGCUCAGAAUAGGAUCAAAUAUAUGGACAGGGUCCUGGGUAACUAUUAUAAUUUUCGAUAAAAAAAUAAUACAUAGGAAAUUUAACCAAACUUAAAUUUCUUACAUUAUUAUAAAUAUAUUUAAUUAUUAUUAUUAAAUUUAUAAUAGAUACCUAUCCAACCUAACCUAUGUUUAAAUUAUAUGCAUUUAUUAUUUUUUAACAAUUGUAUUUAUUUUUAUUUUGUUCAGAACGUGUUCUUUGGAGUCGGAGGAGCAGUUUUCUCGUGUGUAGGUGAUUGGACAGCAGCCAAACAAAGAGGCUUGUUAUGUAUCACUAUAACCAUCUUAAUCAUGAACAUAGUAAAUUUUAUCAUAUUGGAAAUCGGAGAAUGGAGAUUCCUACAAUCAGAAUCCGCAAAACAUAUCAUGUCAAAAGAAGGCUUGGAAACUUUAGUGUCAUACGGUAAAUUUUCUUUGAAUUAUUGUUUUUAUUUUGGCAUUUUAUCCAAAUAAUAAUUUUAUAUCUUAAUACAGCGUGACGGAUAUUCUGCAGUAAAAAUACUUACCUAAUUAAUGACUUGUGUCUUUAAAACUUAGUAAAUUAAUGUUUUUACAUUUAAAAAAAAAAUUACCUUAGUAGUAUAUAUUUGUAUGUUCUAUCCCGCAGCAAAACGCCCCAUGAAACCUAAAAAUUUGGCCUCUCUGAUUUGGGUUCUUUUAAAGCAUCAAAACGUUCCAUUCGAAAUUGUAUAAUUUUACUCAUAUUUUAAAUAUUAUUUUAUUUUUCCAAGUUUUUAAACUGAUUUUAUUAAAUUAUAUUUUUUUCGCAAACGUAUACGAUAAAUUAUUUUCAAUUUUCAAUCGUGGAUCAGCCAUUAAAUAAAACACGCUGUAUGUUUAAAUUAAACAUUUGUAUUUAUUAAACGUUUUAUUUAGCGGCUAAUCCACGAUUAAAACUUGAAAAUAAUUUACCUUUUACAUUUGUAAAUAAAAUAUAAUUUAUAAAAACCCGUUUAAAAACACGAGAAAAAUAAAAAAAAAAAUAAAUUUAAUAAUGUAGCCAAAUCAGAGAGGCCAAAAUUGUAAUGUUUCACGAGGCGUUUUGCUGCGGGAUAGAACAUACUAAUAUAUACUACUCACCUUAUGGUUAGAUUGGUGAUCAAUAUUAAUAUUAAUCUUGAGUACCGUACUAAACAAUAGUAUAUUGGUAUCUAUACUUAGACAAAAAACAUCCGACAUUAUAAUAUGAUGUCAUAAACGUAUGAUAAUAUAAAAUACAUUAACAAAAUAAGCGCCUACCUAAAUGAGAACUGGACAUGGCGUACUGCGGAAAAUAUGAUGAGAAAAAAUGUAGAAUCAAUACCGAGGUCUAUAUUUUGUGAUUAACAAUUUUAAUUUAUAAUAUACAACGUGAUCAGCAUAACGUAAUACACUCAUUAUCUCGGAAAAGUAUUAACUUUUUUCGGACUUGUUUUUUAGAACAUUUAAGAAAUACCUAAGCAGCUCUUUGUUACAUUAUCGUUAUUUUUUGUCACCUUUAUGGCCUAUUUUAACCAUUACUCAUUUAUAAUUUUCGAAUAGUUACCUUAUAUACCUAUUUAAAAUUCCAUAAACAGAUGAAGUUUUAGUUUAAAUACAUGUUGGUGUUGACAUUUUUAAUUUCCAGACUAAGUUGAUAACGUAAGACACUCUACGUUAUGUUGAUCACUCUGUACUAUAAAAACCUAUUAUAUACCUAUAAAUACCUAUUAGAUAGGUACCUAUUCAAUUUAAUUUUUUUUCAUAAUAUAUGAUUCUAUAAUAAUAUUGUCAUAAUUGUUCUCCUAUGCAAGUGAAUAACUGAUAAUAAAAUUCAAAAAGAUAUAAGAUUUAUAUUUAUAUAAAAAAGUAUAAUAUGUAUAUUGAUAUAAUGAGUAUUAUAUUAAUUUGUUUUACAGCUCGUUAUACUACCAGUUUAAGCACAUUAGUGGCCAUAAUCGGUGCAUUUUUCGAUUCUCAGAUAACAUUCUGUUGUAUGCUGCGUGCAAAUAAAACACAACAAAAACUCGAACCAGAUAACAAUAAUUCAGACGCCGAUUACAUUAUGCCAAGGGUAUGUUUUUACAUAUCAAUACUUGUAUAAUAUAACACAUUAUUAUUUUAAAAUAAUUUAAUUGUUAAAAAAUACAAUACAAUAUGUAUAUGCAAAAUUUAUAUGUAAUUACAAGAAAUAAGUAGAUAAAAAACCCGUAAACCUAGACUAAAAUACAAGAAAAAUAAUUAGGUGUAAAUUUUAAAAUCUGAAUUUAUCAAAGUAUUACCUAUGCGAUUUACCAAGAAGUGUAUUUUUUUCGGGAAACACUUUUCCACUAAAUAAACAAUGUUCCAAUAGUUCACGUCACACAGUGGAAGGAAUACGAGUUCUAGCUGACCAAAAAUAGAAAAAGUUACCACCCCGUAAUUAUUGAUUAUAAUCAUUAUGGCUAUUAUAUUAUCUGACGAUGAUAAAUAUAUCGCAAUAUUAAAUAACCAUUAAAUACUAAACAGGUAAGGCUCACUCAGAUUGUUUAAUUUUAAAGCCAGAACAUGGAGUGUACCUCUGUAAUAAUAGUUAUUUUCGCUAUUUUUGUAUUUAAUAGCAUUUCUUAUUUUUAACAAAAAUGGAUCAACAUAUUGUACCGAGUAAGUGUUUUGGUUUUUGUUAGUAUCAUUAUAUAUAUUGAAAUAUGAAAAAAAGGCAUAUAUAUCAUGUUAUUACAAAAAAUCUUCUUUAUUUACAUAUAAUGGAGUGGGCUAUUUAAUGAGGGGCUCUGGAGGGUAACCGUUAUUUUUUUUCCAUAUAUUGUAUGUAUUUAAUAAUGUUGUACCGAAAGCUUGUUUUGAAAGCAAAUUUGACACCUUUUUAAUUAUGAAUUAAAUUGUAGCCAUUUUUUAUUUUUUCUUAUAGAUAAAACUGACAUUGAAAGAAAAAUAUCAAAUCGUUGUUUUGAUAUUUAAAGUUUUUAAAAAUGUAAAUGGUAGUUUUUAUAACCGUGAAGCUCGAAGUGUCUUAAUCCUUGACUAUACAUUUAAGAAAUACAUUUGGCAAUAAAUGAGAUUUUGAAGAUCAUUUUUAAAAAAAUGUGAAAGGAAAAAUUGAAGAAUUUUGUAGCCUAUAAAAAUUAUGAACUAUUAACUAUAGUUAAUGAGAAAUAUGUUUUAUUUAUAAUAUCUGACGGGUACAAGAAAAAAGACUUUUAUAAUUUAUAAUUAAUCUCGCAUUAAAUGUUCAAGCAUUCAAGUAUUUCUAUUCUACCAAACUAUUUAAUCUAAAUAAUACUUACCAAAUUAAAACUAAAACAACUAAAAAAUCCCAAAUGCCUAUAAAUAGCCGAAACUUUGCCAGAAAGUUUUGAACAUUUUACCACGUUUAGAAAAGAUUUAUAAAAGUAUUCUUUGAAAAUCUUAGCUAAAUUUAUUUUUAUCAACUUACAACCAAUAUACAAAAUCAAAAAUAAUGAAACUGUGAGUCUUUAACUUUCUUUUUUUUCCCAAUUAUUAAGAAAACUACUUUGAAAAUAAAAAUAAAAAUUGUACAUACACAAACUAGACAAAGUUUUCUUUCAGAAAAGAUGCUGAUCUUAAAAUUUGGACUAAGAUUUCUGGUAGAAAACAAUUUUGGCCAGCUAGAAUUCAUAUUCCUCCCACUGUGCGACGUAAGAUGCAAAUUUUCCCUCGAUGGUAUACUUAAAUAAAUAGUCUAAAUUCCCAUUAAUUAUUCUAAAAAUAAAAAAAAUUACAACAAAUUAUGUUACAUUGAUUUUUUUUUUUUGUUGAUUUAAGAAUUACCUCGGCUACAAAAAAAAAAAAACACGACGACUUUAAUAAUAUUAAUCUUACCAGUUGGCUGAGAUUUAGGGUUGUUAGUGGCGUCUUUAUCCGCUUCCAUACCUUUUUGUAUGCAUAUUAUAUAAAUCAUUAAAUUACUUAUAUUAUUGUAUAUUGGACUAUAUGUCCGUAAGUAAAUUAAUUAAAUUAAUUAUACCGAAUAUAUAGGUAUUAAUUGAUAAUUUAAAUUAUCAAAAAAAUAAAUAAAUAAUCCAUAUUUGUAUACAUAGAUAAUAAAUAAAUAGAUAGGCUACUCAUGUUACAAUUUUAUGUGAGGCGAUGUUCUCGGAGGAGUGGUAAACUAAAGCGAUUUAUCAUUUAUCACUAUGUAGGUAAAACGCCUCAUUUUAUGAAACUUGCAGUAACUAUACCCGAUGUCCCUCUUGAAACAUUAAAAUACUAAUCAAAUAUGGAUAGUAAAAUAAUCUUAUCUUAUCAGUUAAUAAUAAAUAAUAUCAUCAAACACGGUCCAUGGUGUAACCCAUAGAAUAUUAGUACUACUCUGGUGUGACCGCGGUAACGUGAAGUAUGAUAUUAAAGACAGUUUGGAUUUUAAAUUGAUAAACUGUAUACUGACAUUUUCAUCAUCCGCCUCCCAGAAAUAAUUUUAAAUAUGCAACUGGCUCCACUCAGUACAGUUUUUUGAUCGUAUUGAUUUUCCGUUGCUUUCAGUAUAUAAACUAAAUUGCUCUGUAAUAUCUUAUUCAAACCUUUAAAACUUCCCACAACAGCGUGCCCUAAUACCCAUGGUGCGAACAUUGUGAAAUAUAUCCGGCAAUUUUUUUUUUUUAAAUUUAAUCUAAUAUUUAUAUAUAGCCCAGACACUCAGUUAAUUAGAACAUUUAAAAAAUCACAUUAUUAAUUAUCAUAAAGUUAACACUAUAUCAUAAAUUAAUGAUUAUGUACAUGUUGUACAGUAUACACCCAGUGGAUCCAGGAGGAGAACACAGGGGCACACCCCCCCCCUUUUAAUGAACUACAGUUUUUAUUUAUAUAUUUUAUAUUAAUUUGAUAUAUAAUGUAUAAUUAAUUUAAUGAAAAUAUAAAAAUAUAAAUAAUGUGUCCCUUCACUAAAAAAAUGUCUGGACCCGCCGCUAUAUACACCCAUAGACGUAUUUUGAAAUCUAAUAUUUAGUCUUUUAUAGAUCUAAAAUACAAGACUCAUGUGCAAUAUACCUUAAUCAGCCGCAUACUCAUAUUGUUAUAUAGUGAUAAAUAAUAAUAUUCACGUACAAAUACAUAAUUUUCAUCAAAAAAUAAAUAGAAAAAACAUAGGUACAUAGAUACUUUUUUAUAAAAAAAAUUGUUAAUAGCUUUUCAGAAAUAACUUAAAUUUCAACAUAUUAACGAAGUUGUUUUCUAGCAUUCUAUGAUUUAUUUUACUAAUUUUUACUAGUAUAAGUUAAAAAUUUUCAAAAAAGUAACUUAUAACUAAAUAUUUUUAACUAUACAUAAAUUAUAACGACUGCCUAAAGUAAAGUUAAUAAUAUAAUAAAUACCUUAUCAUUUAUCUAUCGCCGUACACAAAUGUUAGGUACUCCACUACUCUCUUCCAACGCAAACUUAAAAGUAGAUGUUCCACUUUUAAGUUUGCGGUUUAACGGAAAUCAAAAACUUCAACACUAACAUUAAUUUUAACUAAUACUCCAUCUAUUUAUAGAAUUUUUAAUAUAUGUUGUCAUUUAAAAAUCAAAAUUAGGUAGUGUUUUUACCCCCAAAAAUAAGGGUGACAAAAAAUAACAUAAAUAUAAAAUUGUAGAGCUGCUUGUUUCUUAAAUGUUCUAGAAAACAAAUUCCAGAAAAAAUUAUUAGUUGAGUGUACUCACUUCAAUGGAUCACCUGGUAUAUAUAGAUAUAAUAUAUAUAUUAUUUAUUAAAUUUAUAAGGUGCCCAAGCUGUAAUUUCUGCUAUAAAAUCUGCAGUUAAAAGUUAACAAUUUGAAAUUUAGUUAUUUAGGUACCAUGUACAUCUACUACAAUAAAUAUGGUACAAUAAUAAAAAUUUCAUGGCUUAAUUAAGUUUAUUUUGUAUGAUGUAAUUAAAACAAAUGGGUAUUUAUAAUUGAGCUAAAUUAAGAAUUUAUAAUUUCGAAACUUUUAUGAUGUAUAUAAUGUACGCUGUUUAGGUCUUGUCUGUGUUUUCCUAUAAAACAAAGGUAAUUGUACAACAUAUUCAUUUACCAAAUUGUGUUAUUCACUUUUAUACAUGGGUUGCCACUAUGCUAGUGACGAUGGGGCCAAUCUCUUUACUAAAUUCCAUAAACUUUUUAAGGUGUUAGGUACAUAUUCCUUUAGGAAUACUGUAGUAACAUACAAGGUGAUUUAUUUAUAAACCUUUUGUACAUCUCUCAGAGAAUUUUAAGUGAAUUUGAUUUCUGUUUUUUUUUUUCGAACAUUAUGGAAUCAUUUCAUCUUUAUUUUAACACCACUAUUUUUAAUUUGUUACCCCUACUCCUUAUACCUUAAAUGAGUAUACAUAUACAAUUUUUUAAUUACUGAUUAUAAACUUGUUUUCAAAUAGGAACCCUCCCCUUUUUAAGAACCACUUUAUACAGUAUGUAUUCUCUGAGAUGCAACUUAGUGAUGGUGCCUGAGAUGUUGAGUAUUUGCACUCAUAGCCCUUCCAGAGAUUACUCAAGGUUGAAAAAAAAAGUGCAAACAAAUUCUAAUGUCCCAGUGAGAUUUGAGUCAGUGAAUAUUAGACCACUUACGGUUCCUAACCUAGCACCUAACUUAUCAAGCUACGCCAAUUUAUCUAUGGGUAUUAACAUUUACCGAUAAUAGAAAAUACUGAAUAUCACUUACACUUACUUCUAUUAUUCAAUAUAUUAGAUAAUACAUUUUUUUUUAUAACUGCAAAAGAAAUAUUGGCGAUUGCCAUUAAUGCUUUUGAUGAACAAACCUUAAAUAUGCGUUAUGGCAAAAUAUUUUUACUGGGCAUCUCAAGUCUGAAAUUCCAAUAAAUUUAGAACAUUUAUAGGUAGGUCUAUUAACACCAAAUUUUUCUUUAUCUAAAUUUGAUUUAAGUUCUAAUGCUUUUAAAUCAAUUGUAUGGAAGGAUUCGUUAAACUUUUAAAUUUGCAUUUAUAUUAUGAACUAAAUUUUAAAAGUUUAAACAUUUUAAAAUUUUAAAAGUUAAAUAAAGAAUGGAUUGGGAAUUGGUGGAGCAAAAGUGUUCGCCAAAUCAUUUAUAAUUACUGAGAUAAGUACUGCCUAACUAAAUAGGCAGUAGCAUAGGCAGAGGUUUGGUUCUAGGGUUUUAACCCCCCCCCUCCAAAAUCCUCCUUCAGCUAAUUUUUUUUUUGUAUUAAUAUUGAUAUUUUAUAGUAAGAAGUAUUAAAAUUAUUACGAAAUCUAAUGUGUCGGUAAAUAUCCAUAAUGAUUUAGUUAUAAAAAUAUAUCGCAGCGAACAGAAUCUAAAAUACCGAAAAUUCACUUAACCCCGUCUUCCCUGAGACCAAAGUGUUAUUACGUGAGAUUUUGUCAGAUUUAUGAACAAUUUUGCUAUAAAAGAAAUGAAUAUCUGCGAUUAAGAUAGAUAGGUAUCUAAUUUAUUUCUGCAAUAUAAUUUCAAACAAAUAACAUCACACUGUCUGUGUUGGACCUUGUCAACCAGUGGCGCGUUCGGAUUUUGACCGGAUAAGGGGAAUACUCUUUUUUAAAUAAUCAAGGUUUUUCCGAAUAAAAGAUUUAUUACAUAUAUUAUACAUUAAAAUAUAUUAAAAUAUCAUUAUAUGUUAUAGUAUUUGAUUUGCUAAGAAUCAUUUUCACGAAAAAAAUCCCGCAAGGGAUAAUAUAGUUUUCCACUGACGACAUUCUUAUUUAUAUAGUACAGCAAAGAAAACAAUAUUAUUAUUCAUCUUACGUUUUUCAGUGGUGUAUUUAUGAGGGGAGGCACAAAGGACUAUGACUUCUCCUUCAUUGGCCGUCCCUAUGCUAUAAAGCAUAUUAUAUAAGCGUCGAGUCACCUGAUGAGACGUCCAAUCUACGUUUGCACGCAAUACAAUUAUUUGGAUAAAUAUGCGACAAAUACACUCACUCAUGCGUAUAUCUUGUAGCUAAUCAAGACCCCUUAUAUAGAGAUAAUACUUAUACAUCACUUAUAUGUGUUUAAAAUUAUUGAUAUAUGCACAUACAGCGCCAUUUAUAUAAUUUCUUUAGGGUUAGGUUAAAUUAAGAUUAUUAUUUUUAAAACAAUACUUUUCGUUUAAUACUGAUUUGAUCUAAAAUACAAUAAUAAGAACAAGUAAAUAAUUAUAAUUCUAUAAUUCUAUAUAUUAUUUUAUAUAAUUAUACAGUUAUUAUAUUAAUACACGAGUAUACAAUGUCUUAUAUCAAGUCGUCGUUUGUUUUUGUGUGUAAAUCGCAGGUAAAAUCCGAGUGUGUGCUGAGGUCGAACAGCACCUCCAGGAAAACAUCAGACAACAAUUAUGGACGUUCGUGGGUGUUCGAGUCGGACGGCACUACAGGGCCAGGGGGCUGUAACACGUACCCGUCGACAGAAUCGCUAAGUGCGCUCGACCAUAGACCGGCUGGAAUGGCGGCCGCAGCCACUGUAUGCAAUCGAACGGUGACAUUGAAGCGCAGGGCGAAGCCAGUGACACCGGUAGUGAUCGUCGAGAUGCAGGACGGCUUGAGCAGCGGCCGGCCGACGCAGUUAAUGACCAGCUUCUCGCGGACGCCGUCACCAGUAGGUCUGUCAGAGAGCUCGUCACAAGACUCCAUGUUUAACUGCACCAUCACCACCGGCACCAUCACCGCCGGCACCAACACCGCUGGCAUCUCUAAUACGACCGCCGUCGUCGGAAUGGCAGCUCCUAUUUACGAGUGCCUAGAGAAGCUGACCGAGCCGUCCGUGUACAGAUCCCGUCUGAACGCCAUGACAGCCCUGUCGGCCAGUAUCCAGGAAGCCAUUGUAACUGCCGAACGGCCUCCCCGAAGUCUGUCGCCCAGGCCACCCCCAGCUGCCGAGCCCGUACAGUACGCCUCACUCAUGGAAGAGUUACAAAAAACCAUCGGUAACCGGCUGUCCAAACAUAUCGAAUCGCCCGAAGAAAGGUAUGCGUAAUGCGAUUGGCGUCGCAUUCCCUAUAAUAGUUACUUGGUACAAUAUCCAGUGAUAACACAGACUUUUUUUUAGAUAAUAUAGAGUUUUAGAUAGAUAGAUAGAUAGGAUUGACUCGUAUAUGAACGUGCGUGAUGUCAUUUUUUGAUUUUUUCAAACUACUCGUAUGUUUUCUAAAAGAAAUAUUGCUUUAAUCAAAAAUUGGCUAAAGACCUUAUUUGUUGAAUUCUAGAUCUUUAUGCUCACGAAUAAAGUCGUUUUUUGAUUUUCUGAGCAGUUUUUGUAAUAAUUGAAAAAACUAGAAAAAGAUAAAAAAUGAAAACUAAUAAAUUUACGGCGUCAGGAUUCCUUUAUUUUAAAUUUUAAAUUUGGAGUGGAGCGAGGAAUGUAUUAGCUUUACAGUAAUGUUUAUUUUUUUUCCUGUAAACUACUUUUCUACCAUACAUUUUGCUCCGAUUUUCAAAUGUAAUACUUUGAAACUUGACUGGGGUACUUUAAAAUUUAAAUUUUUUUAUUUUAAGUCCCCCCUCUUACAAAAAAAAAAAAUUAAAAAUAUUGAAUAAAACAAAAUUUAUUUCAAGUGCUAAAUAGUUCUGUUAAACCCUGUACAACAAACUAACUACAAGAAUAUUUUAUAAACAAAAACACAAAUUUGAAUAUGUAAGUGGACGUUUCAAUUUAUUUUAUUUUAUUCUAGAUUCAGUGCUGAAUUAGACGACGUACUACAAGAUAUCCAAGAUUUGGAAUCUCCAAACGAUGAAUCUCCAAACAGAGAAUCUCCAAAUGGCCAUAGCAACGACCGGACAGACGACAGUAGCGAUAGUGAUGCAGCUAGCAUGAAGACUACUAAAACAGUUAUAUUAAAUGGUAAGAAUGCUGAUGACUUAGGUUACGUAUCCAUGCGCAAAGACUGCGCACACUUGUUAAGCGUGUACGACCAAGUAGAAUGUGAAUUACCUGAAGAACUACCCGAGGAAACAAACAACAACAUUAUCGGGUUAGAUAUCACACCUAAAUCUCCUAAUAAAGGGUGGAAGUCGUUGUCGACCAUAUUAAAACGAAAACAUAGAGGUGCUCUUACUUUAACACCCGAAAUCGAAGCAUCUAUAGUGAAAUCUGAAUGUUUGGCGUACUUAACAGAUAAAGAGUUGAUUGAACGAUAUGACCAAAAUAAAAUGGUCCACAGGGUAAGAUGUCACAUACCUUACGAUGAUAAUAAUGGUGAUGGUGUUACGCGUUUGCAUGUAAACAUUUUUAUGUCAAUUGAAAAGCAUGGGUUUAUUAUUGGUGCUUUAAAUCUUUAAUAUUACCUACUUUACAGGGUGAUUAACAUAACUUAAGAUAUUUGCAUUUCUCAAGAAGAGUGUCUUACGUUAUAUUGAUCUCUUUGUAUUUAAUCACACAUUUUAAUUGUCAUCAUGCAUCAAGAUAUAUUUUCGAAAAACACUUUUUAGACAGUUGAAAUUCAUACAAAUUUGCAGAGAGAAUCAUUGAGAUAAGAAAUUUGAUGAGGAUGGUACUUUAUACAGAUUUUUUUUUUUAAUUUGAAUUUCUUAGUCUAAUGCCCUGAAAAUAACGUAAAACAGAACAUUGUCGGUUUUCAAACGCAAUUGUUUGAUAUUGCUUUCAGUUCAAAACCAAUAAAAUAUCUACCUACUAUAGGUAAAUUGUUUGCUUUUGUGACCCACCCAAAACGACGAAUAAAUUCUAAUCAAUGGAUCCAAAAUCUGAAGGUAUAUUAAUAUUUUAGCAUUUUUAAUUUCGUGUAUUUUAUGAUAGUCAGGAAUACGAAAAAAAAAAUAAAGACAAUUCAAUGUACCUAAGUAUAUGUAAUUCAUGAGUUAUUAAAAGUUUUAAAAAUGUUCAAUUUUUCAUUUAAACGAAUUUGCUUCGUAAAAAUUAAAAUUAUUAUAUUAGAAAAAAUACUUAAUAUUUAAAGACAAUUAAUGGGCGUUCUUGGAAUUUAAAAUGUAUUUGUUUGUAUUAUAACUAUGUCAUUAUUAUUGUAUGAAUAGUGUCUAGUCGUAUGUUCGUCAUACAUGACGGGUUAUAGUGGUUAUUGAAAUGUUUAAAAUGUCAUAGUACUAAAUUUAAAUGAUGCAAAUCGUUAUGACAAUUUUUACGUACGAAUAUUAAUGAAACCAAACUUUUCAACGAAAGUUUUAUUUCAUUGUUAACAUUGAGAUGAUCAUUAUUAUAUACAGACUAGCUAUGCACUGACUUAUACGUAGACUAAAAUAUAAUAAAUGCUAUUGAAUGAUUAAAUAUUAAUAAUUGCUAAUAAUUUAUCGUACGUUGUACACUCUCAUCUGAUAAAAGUUGACUGUAAGAGCCGAUAAAAUCUUGACGUGUAUUUACGAUUUAGGAAAUUGGGUGCACUAUAACACAAAGUUGCAUUGCAGUCGUAAUUAUUACAAAGAAUAAAUUAUAAAUAUCUUUAACGCAGAACCGUAUUUAGGUAAGGACAAUAGGGGACAAUUGCCCCGGGCAUCCGAAUUUAUGGACCAGCUUUAAUUUGUAUAAAGAUAUAAAAAUAUAAAGAGAUCUUGGAUUGAUCGGGUGGCAGGCGGUGAUGACCUUUUUUUUUCAUCACAUUUUUUUUGUUUCCCCAAGGCUGCAAAUUCCUAAAUACGAUCUUAGUAUGAUGUGGGUACAAUUUUUUGAUUAAAAAGAUUUCAUACCUGCAUGUGUUAUCUCCGUCUUACUAAUAUAGCAAAUUUAAGUUACUUAGAAUACAAAUUGGAGUUAAAUCGCAAGUAACAAAAUUUAAUGAAUUAAAGUUAUUUUAAUAAUGCAAAAACUAACAUGGCUAUAACUUAUUUUUAUAUUUUUCUUUUUAGAAAAAAGUUACAAACAUCUUCUCUAUACAUUUUGUUAGGUUUUUGUGUUUUAACUUCAAUUCCAACCCAAACGACAUAGUUUAUAAAAAUAAGAAUUGAGAAUCAGAGAAACAGCGUUAUGGACAAACGAAUGGAUCUGGUCUUUUAUACAGUUAAGAUUUAUCUAAAAUUUGAUAAUUUGAUAAAACAUAUAGAUACUAAUUUUAUAAAUCGAAUGUAAUUUAAUUAACUAACAAUUUGUAUAAAUACAAAUUUGAUUGACGUGCAUUAUGACAGUAGGUAUACACUAUACAGUAUACAUGCAUAGAUGACUGAUGACUUUUAAGUUUCAAAUACAAUUAUACAACACAACCUACAUAUAAUAUAAUAGGUAUACAUAUAUAUCUUGCAGUUUCAAAAAAUAAAAAAAAAAAUAAAGAAAUUGAAAACUAACAUAAUAUGUUAUAGUGUACUUAUAAACAAUAUCUAACGCAUAAAGAACUAUAAUGAAUAAGUGUUCAAGGUUUUAAUUUAUAUUGUAUUAAUCUGGUAAGCAAAAGGCAGGUAUCUAUACUAACCUGAUAGUCAAAACCCUUUGGCUUUUUUUUAUUGUACUGUAUGCAUUAUUAUGUAAAUAAUAAAAUAUAUCGGUGAUGGUUUAAACUAAUAAUAAAUAUUACGUAUAAUAAUAUAAUGUAUUAUAGAAAAACAAAAUAAUAAAAGAUGAAACUAUUGCCUAUAGAAUAUGCAGUAUCUUUAUUAUAUUUCAAUUUCAAAAUAAUUAUCAAAGUCAUCAAAGUUAUUACAAUUUAAUUAUUGGUAUAUGAUGUUUAAAUUAUAAUACGAGUAAAGUAUAUUGAGGAACUGAAAGCUGGUUUUCAUAUUGCUAGUACAGUAGUACACGUACCUACACUUGUACACUAAACGCAUAACAUCUCAUUAUCACUUAGACCAUUGGUUACCAACUACGACCCGCAGGUCAAAUCCGGCCCUCGAUUAUUUAUUAAUCAUCUCAUCAAAGACCAAAGUAUUAUAUCAAAAUUUAAAAAAAAUAACUUCAAAUUUAUAACAAAAUUCAGGAACUUAUUAUUAUUAUUAACUUAUUAUUAUUUUAACAUUUAUAACAUAUUCAUUGGUAAUUCAUUCUAUUAACCAUCCACAAAAAACAUAAUAUUACAUUAUCAUUUAUUAGUCUAUAGGAAACGGAUUUAUAUACACUUAAAUCCGAUAAAGCACUUAUAUCAUCAAAAAGCAUUCAGAAAUAUUUAAAAUACCAAAAGUGGUAGAGUGAGAAAUUUUUAACCCUUCUACCAUUAUUGGUCUUUUAAAUAUUUUUUAAGUGAUCUUUUUAGGGUUUUUAUGACGUUUUUAAGCUCUUUUUUUGUGCAUAUAACUCCGUUCCCUAGUUAUUUCCAAAAAUAACCUUAUAUUAUAGGUAUAUAUAUUAGGGUGUUCCUUGUUUUUGGAUCAAGUUUCUAAGUGAAAAAACAAAAUCAAAAUUAAUUUUCAAGAUUUCCAGUAAUUUUUCAGAUUUUUAUUUUGACACCAAAUAGUGACAAACGAGAAUUGAAUUUUCCUGUUUAAAAUAUACGUUUUUCUACAAUGUUUAAGCCUUUGAUUUAUCCCUAUAUGCUCAAUAUAUCUGAAAAAAUUCUUAACUGGUAGGAAUACCUCUUUUCGAGGAAAAGAACCUAAUUUUGAUGAAGUAAUACGCAAUGUAAAAAAUUACAGGAUUUUUAAAGAAUUAUUUUGAACUAGUUUUUCACUUGGAAACUUUCAACUCAAAUAAGAAACGCCCCAAUUUAUGUAUAUUUUGUAAUUUAAACAAAUGUUAACUUUUGUAACUAUUAUGUAUUAUAAAAAAAAGAAUUUGCUUAACAAAUGGUGGUUAUUUUUCUCACUAAUACUUUUUAUUGUGUUUUACACACUAAUGCAGAUUUUAUAUUUUCAGCAAAUCGAAGAAAAAGUUUGGAAACAAAUUAAUGGUGCUUCGGAAACCGAUUCCCCUUGCUGA